AUGCAGAAGAAUAAGAACAACCGUGGCGACCAGAGUUCAAAUAGUAGCGAAGUAUCUGUUUCUAGCAAUGAAGUAGAAAUACCACAACCUAAAAAAAAUUUGCAGCCUAACUCGUCAGAAGUCGCAAGUUAUAAACAUAUGAGGAAUGAACACGGUCAGAUAAUUGACGCGUUCAACGAAAACAUUGAAAGAAAAGAUGACGGUGAUACGGGCAUUAAAAAAGAAGAAGAAAAAGAAAAAAGUACAAGUAGCGAUGAUGGAAAAGUUAAAAGUUCUGAUUCGGAUUCAAAUUCUAAAAAUAAUGCAACUCUUUCGAACAGUAAAACUGAAUUGAGAAAAAAACGAAAAUAUAGACGACGGCCUAUAACAAUUUGUACGGCUAACUGUAGGUAUGAAGUAGUUCGAAGGGUAGCUUAUAGGUUUGGAAUGAGAGAAGUACCUGAAGAUGAGAGUUGGAAUUUAUUUUGGACUGAUCUUUCUAUAUCCGUUGAAAGGUGUAAAGAAAUGAAAAGAUUUGCCACAAGCCGAUACAGAGAGCCAACUGGGCACAACACAACAAACGUUUAUAUGCAUUUGACAAACUAUGCCGUAAAUAAACACAGCCGCACUUAUGUGGUUGACGAUGAAUUAGGAAGUAAGAGAAAAAUAUCGACGCUAAACAAAUGGUUUGAAUCAAAAGAUUACAAUUUAGAAGAUAUUUGGGCUAGUACGGACGAUGUUAUUAUUAAAACGAUAAUAGCAGCACAUCCAAUGUUAAAACACAGCUACCAUACUUGUUUUCCCACCCACGAUUAUACUUACGCCUGUUUUGAAUUACUCGGCUUUGACAUACUCCUAGACCAAAAUCUAAAGCCCUAUGUUUUAGAGGUAAAUCAUUCUCCUAGUUUUCAUUGCGAUUCACAAAUAGACAAGGAUAUAAAAGAAGGAUUACUCAGGGAUACAUUUGAAAUAUUGAAUCUGCAGCAAUGCGAUAAAAGAAAAAUAAUGGAAGAAGACAGAAGAAGAAUUCGAGAAAGGCUUUUACAAGGAAUAUAUAAGGAACAAAACAACAGUGAUGUUGGAACAACUCCUACAAGAAAUCCUUUACAAAUGCAAACAGACUGGGAAGAAAAACACAAAGGAAAUUUUAGAAAAAUUUAUCCUAGUCAUGGAUCGGAAAAUUACGACAAAUUUUUCAAUCAAAAUUUGAGUUCUUUAUUUCAAGACACGGCGGCGUCCAGGGCGAGAGAAGAGGCUAGCAGAGUGCAACGUGAAGAAAGUAUGAUUAAAGCCAAACAAGAAGCUUUAAGGAGAAAUGGUGGAAAAUUAAUAUUGGAAAAACUACGCCCAGAAUCGCCAAUUGGAAAAAUAAAAUCCUCAAAAAAAUUACAUAUGAGAAAAACAAAAGACAAUAUUGUGACUAAAAAAAUUCAUUCAAGUUCUUUUGACCCGGUACCCAUAGUUGAGUCAGAUGAGAUUGAAAGGCAGCACCAGCUCAAACAAAGAGAUUUUCUUAUCAGAAGCUAUGGACUUAUUGAGCAGAUAUAUCUUUGCUUAAAAAAAAAUAGAACGUUAAGACCUGAAGAUGAGGCAAAAUAUGGACUUUAUGGGAAGCAAACAAUUGGAAAUUUUGAAAACAACUCAAAUACAAAAAAAUUUAAAGGACUUGUUCAAAUGAAUGCAUUUAAUAUGAAUUCUAGAGAAAACCACAUUUUACAGAAUUCCCAAGCCAGUAAUGUUAAAAGAAAUUCAGGGGGAAAUUCAUCGAGCAAUAAUAAUAAUAAUAAUAAUAAUAAUAAUAAUAAUAAUAAUAAUAAAAUUUCUAACAACAACAAUCAAAUUAUUGAUAAAAAAUCAGAUGAGCCAAUAGAAAAAACAUUGGAAAAAAAUUUUGAAACAAAUAACGAUAUAACAAAUAGAGCGUCGGAAACUUAUCACAUGGAAGGAGGUAUUAAAGCAGGUAUUCACGAAAAUUCUCGAGAAGUUCCACUUUCAAUUAGGCCGAUACCUUCGCAUUCUUGGCCGUAUUCAGGUUCGAAUAACCCACCAGUUUGGGCAAAUCAUACAGGACCGAUUGCUAAUUCAAAUAUUGGAUAUGAAAAUGAUAUGAGAUAUAGGAAAAGUGCAAUGUCUAAAGUUUGCAAAAACAACGCAAAAUUACGUUAUCAUUUUGACAAAAGAGAAAAGUAUCAUUAUGCAAAUAUGGAUUUAUGA